CCGAAAGAAGGUGGGAAGGGAUCAGAUCUGGGUUUGCCUCUCGAUUCCACUAGGCUUUGUAUUUAACCACUAGAAGCUGUUGGGGAAGCUAUAUAUAAUGCUGUAGCUUAUUGUUGUUCUGCUCCUGAAUAAUGGGAACCGGAACGCCGAAUCAAAUGAGGAAUUACUUCUGGUGUGCUUUUCGCUGGAUCAUACUGCUAUUUGUUGUAAAUCGGGUUUUGGCAGAAACUAGAUACUCUGUUGCAGAAGAAGUGAAGGAUGGUACUGUUGUGGGUAAUGUCGCAAAGGACCUCGGCCUUGAAAUGUCUUCUCUGAAGUACCGUCGGUUCCGUGUCGUGUCUGAAAACGAGAAUCCAUUUUUUGACGUAAACCAGGACAACGGGGACCUUUAUGUUGUUCGGAAAAUCGACCGAGAGGAGCUUUGUCGGGGAAGUGGAGCAUGCUUAAUGGAACUGAAGAUCAUCAUAGAAAACCCUUUGGAAAUACACUACGUUGUUGUUGAAAUUAAGGAUGUAAAUGAUCAUUCCCCGGUCUUUCCAGAAAAGGAACAGAGGUUUGAGAUAGGUGAACAAACACUGCCCGGAAGACGAUUUCAAUUGCACGCUGCCCGUGAUCCCGAUUCUGGAUCUAACUCCAUACGUACGUACAUACUGACCUCAAAUGAACAUUUUGAAAUAGAUAUUCGUGUGAGUGAUGACGAUAAAAUACCGUUUCUGGUGCUAAAAAAGUCCUUAGACAGGGAACAAAAAAAUCGUCACUUGCUGCAAUUAACAGGAGUUGAUGGAGGUAAACCUCCAAGAUCAGGGACACUAAAUAUUUCAAUUACUGUUCUCGACAGUAAUGAUAAUCGUCCAAAAUUUAGUAGGGAAACCUAUGAAGUUGAAAUACAAGAAAACAUUCCAGUUGGCACGUCAGUGUAAAGAAUAAAUGCAACUGAUUCAGAUGAAGGCACCAAUAGUCAAAUUGAAUACAGCCUUGGAAAAACACUGAAGAAAAAUGUGUACGAUAUUUUUGAACUUGAUAAAAUAACUGGAAAUAUCAGAGUUAAAGGUGCUGUUGACUAUGAAGAAAAUGACGUUUAUAAACUGGAUAUUGAGGCAUCAGAUAAAGGAACGCCUCCAUUAACGGGUGAGUGUAGAAUUAUUGUAAAAAUAAAAGAUAUGAAUGAUAAUCCACCCGAAAUUGAUAUUACAUCUCUCUCAAACACCGUGUCUGAAGACUCAAAGCCUGGCACUGUAAUUUCUCUGAUUAGUGUGAAAGAUAAAGAUUCAGGUCUCAAUGGAAAAAUAAUGACAAGCAUUAUAUCAGACGUUCCCUUUGAACUGAAACCUUCUUAUAAGGAGAACACAUAUUCAAUUGUAACGAAAGAUUAUUUGGAUCGAGAAGAGAUUACUCAUUAUAGUAUUACCAUAAAAGCAACGGACUAUGGUGACCCUCCAUUAUCAACUGUAAAAACACUUAACCUACAAGUAACAGACGUAAAUGACAACAAUCCUCAAUUCUCCGAAAAUCCAAUAAACAUUUACCUGCCAGAAAACAAUGUCCCUGGAACUCUCAUAUUUGGUGUCAGCGCUGCUGACAAAGACUUAAGUGAAAAUGCAGCUAUUUCUUAUCGUAUUGCAAGAGAAGGUCACCAGAACGGUAUCAUAUCCUUCCUUAGUGUAAAUUCAGAAAAUGGAGAAAUAUCAGCACUUAAAAGUUUCGACUUUGAAACGCUGAAAACUUUCCAGUUCCAAGUUGUCGCCACUGAUUCUGGGACUCCGUCACUCAGCAGCAACGUCACAGUGAACGUGUUCAUUCUGGAUCAGAACGACAACGCUCCAGUCAUCCUGUAUCCACUCAGCUCCAAUGGUUCUGCUGAAGGUGUGGAGGAGAUUCCACGCAACGUGAACGCAGGACACUUGGUGACUAAAGUCAGAGCCUAUGACGCUGAUAUAGGAUAUAAUGGCUGGUUGCUGUUUUCACUGCAGGAAGUUACUGACCACAGUCUGUUUGGUUUGGACCGCUACACAGGACAGAUCAGAACACUUCGCUCAUUCACAGAGACAGACGAGGCUGAGCAUAAACUGGUCAUACUGGUGAAGGAUAAUGGCAACGUUUCACUCUCAGCANCAGCUACUGUGAUUGUCAAAUUAGUGGAGCCCAAAGAAGCUUUUGCAGCUUCUGAUGUUAAAAGUGCAGCACAGGAUGAUGAAGGUAAUGAUGUGACUUUUUACCUGAUGAUAACUUUGGGAGCAGUUUCAAUUCUGUUUAUCAUCAGUAUCAUCGUGCUGAUUGCAAUGCAGUGCUCCAAAUCUACAGAAUAUACUUCUAAAUAUCUCCAAGAGACUAAUUAUGAUGGGACACUGUGUCACAGCAUCCAGUACAGAUCUGGAGACAAACGCUACAUGUUAGUUGGACCCAGAAUGAGUAUUGGAUCUACUAUAGUACCUGGAAGUCAUGCAAACACACUAGUGCUACCUGACAGGAGGAGAA